AUGACCCAGAGUAUCAGUGAAGAGCAGGUAAAUGCUCUGACUAGAAAUGAGGACUUGUGCAUCCGAGCCUCACAACUGAAAGACAUCCAUGCUCAAGUAGAGGCCAACAUUUUAGACUCCCAAGAGAAGGUGCGGAAGAGAAAGAUGUCAAAGGGGGAAGAGGACAACUUCGAAGUGGGUGACAGAGUUCUCAGAAAAAACAUACGCCAAGAGCAAAGGAAAGGAGGGAAGAUGGAACCAGAUUUACUGGGACCUUUUGCCAUAGUAAAUAUUGAGGGUAAAAGUGCAGAUCUACUUCAGUGUAAUGGCAGAACCAUAGAGAAAAUUAACAUUGAUCAUCUCAAAAGAUACGUGGAACCACAGCCUCGAAUCCCUGCAAAAUGGAUUGCACUUUCCCCACUGAUUCCUCAUGCACAGCAGACCAGCUCUUGUUUGUCCCCUGCAGUACCUCAGAGCCACAGUGAGACCAUAAGUCUGCAGUCUCCGAUCAACAGCCUCAGUGAGACAGUAAGUCUGCAGUCCCCGAUCAAGAGCCCCAAUGACUCACUCUGUCAACACUCCCCCAUGGUACCCCAGCACCUCAGUGAGACCCCAAGUCCACAAUCAGACCCCAUGUCCGGAGACACUGCUUCCUCCAGGACAAUAUUUUCAAACAUCCCUGAAGAAUUAAUGGCUGACAUCUGGUAACCCUAACCCAAGGUGGAGCAAAGUGGGACCAUACAAACUUUUUGCCAGAGACCUGCAAAAUCUGGCACCUGGAAGGGAACUAGAGA